AGCGAGAGACCGAGAGAGAGCGCACGGACAGUGUUGCCGUUACUGUCAGCCGAUGGAACAGUUCAGUCAUCAAUGGACAGAGUACACGUAACCUACAGACAGUAGCCUAGCGUCUUCCAAUUUACUUUUAUUUCUGUUAUGAAACGAAGAGAAGUAGAAUUAAAUCCUGCUACUAUACCUAGUUUCGUUUUCAUCGUUUAUAUGAUAAAUUGAGAACGGACACAAUGUUGUAUUAGUGCGUUCUAUUGAUUAUACUCCAAUCGGAUUCCUAUUCGUCGCGUAAGAUUUGUUUGAUCUCAAACCUAAAUGGAGUAUUGGAGGCAGUGCGCAUUAUGGCUGAUCAACUGCAAGAUGCUUCCACCCGACCAUCGGGUAACAUGGGAGUCUGCUCAGGUAUUCGACCUGGCUCAGACCCUCCGAGAUGGAGUGCUCCUGUGUCAACUUCUCAACAACCUCCGACCCCAGUCCAUCAACCUCAAAGAGAUCAACCUCCGACCUCAGAUGUCACAGUUCCUGUGCUUGAAGAACAUCCGGACGUUCCUCGCUGUGUGCUGUGAGACAUUUGGCAUGAAGAAGACUGAACUCUUUGAGGCCUUCGACUUGUUUGAUGUGCGGGACUUUGGAAAGUUAUCCUGA